AUGGCGGUGAAGGGGGCCGCGGCCGGCGCCGGGGUGCUCCUGGUGACGGCCAACGUCGGGUCCCUCUUUGACGACCCAGAAAAUUUACAGAAGAAUUGGCUUCGGGAAUUCUAUCAGGUUGUCCAUGCACACAAGCCCCACUUCAUGGCUCUGCACUGUCAAGAAUUCGGAGGAAAAAACUAUGAAGCUUCAAUGUCUCAUGUGGACAAGUUUGUGAAAGAGCUGUUAUCGAGUGAUGCAAUGAAAGACUACAACAGAGCUCGCGUGUACCUGGAUGAGAACUACAAAUCACAGGAGCAUUUUACGGCUCUAGGAAGUUUUUACUUUCUUCAUGAAUCCUUGAAAAACAUCUACCAGUUUGAUUUUAAAGCCAAGAAGUAUAAAAAGGUCACUGGGAAAGAAAUCUACUCAGACACUUUAGAAAGCACGCCCAUGCUGGAAAAAGAGAAGUUCCCACAGGAUUAUUUCCCUGAGUGCAAGUGGUCCAGAAAAGGUUUCAUUCGAACAAGAUGGUGUAUUACUGAUUGUGCCUUUGACUUGGUAAACAUUCAUCUUUUCCAUGAUGCUUCCAAUUUAAUUGCUUGGGAAACAAGCCCAUCGGUUUACUCAGGAAUACGGCAUAAGGCUCUGGGCUAUGUACUUGAUAGAAUUAUAGAUCAGCGGUUUGAGAAAGUUUCCUAUUUUGUCUUUGGAGAUUUCAACUUUAGACUGGAUGCCAAAGCAGUAGUAGAGACACUAUGUGCAAAGGCCACGAUGCAGACCGUGCGGGCAGCUGACACCAAUGAAGUGGUCAAGCUCAUAUUUCGUGAAUCUGAUAAUGACCGAAAGGUUAUGCUACAAUUAGAAAAGAAGCUCUUUGACUAUUUUAAUCAAGAUGUAUUUAGAGAUAACAAUGGCACUGCGCUUUUAGAAUUUGACAGAGAGCUGUCAGUCUUUAAAGACAAAUUGUAUGAACUGGACAUCUCAUUUCCUCCCAGUUACCCCUACAGCGAGGACUCCAGCCAGGGAAAGCAGUACAUGAACACAAGAUGUCCAGCCUGGUGUGACAGGAUCCUGAUGUCUCACUCAGCUAAGGAGCUCAUUCUGAAGUCAGAAAAUGAUGAGAAGAUAGUAAUAUAUGACCACAUUGGGCCAAAUGUCUGCAUGGGGGAUCACAAGCCUGUGUUCCUGUCCUUUCGAAUAGCUGCUGGGGCAGGUAAACCUAUUGCAAAUGUGCACAAGUGUUGUGUCGUGCAGUGAUGUGGUGGAAAAAGAUGCCUGCGGAA